UAUCAAUCAGAGAUUUUCCAUAAAGACCGCCGUGCGACGAUGUUCGGAGCCAUGCUGCUUCACAUCCUGCUGCUUUGGGUCCUGAGCCAUCUCAGCCGUGCUGACUGUGAGCGGAACGAUGCUCGACCGGAGAACCUGGACCUGCUUCAGCGAAAACUCAACGUCGCCAACACCAACUCCUCAAAACCUAAUCUCCUGUUCGUUGUGCUGGACCAGUGGCGUUGGGACUGGGCGGGCUUUCAUGACGCGCACGUUGCGAUGCCCACGGUCCAGACGCUUGCAGCACGAGGCGUAAGCUUCAUGCGGGCUUACACCCCGUCGCCCCAAUGUGCACCCGCUCGGAGCGCCAUCGCGGCGGUCCGAGAGUACAAGGACAUGUGGGUGAAGAACAACACUUACCACUACGUCUCGGAGAAGAUGACACCAACGUUCAUGUCUGUGCUCCAACAGGCAGGCUACACCACAAUGCUAGCCGGGAAGGAUCACUUGACCAUUGCACCCAUCAGUGGCCCCUUCCAGUCCACUGGGAUGGAGGCUUUGGGAGUGGAUAGAUUCCACCGUGCCCUCGACAAGUACAGCUUUUGUCAAGGCAUUUUUGGCCGUUAUGUUCCGGUGGAUGGCUACAGCGAUUACUUGACUGCGAAGGGCAUUCUUCAAGCCCAAUGCAAAGCUUAUGGGGGCAUUGGAUAUCCUUUCACUGGGGCAGAGGGUGCAUGUUGCAACGAGACUCCGGUCUUCGAUUGGGCCUUCCCUCAAGAGAAUGGCUUCAGGUGCAUGAUGCCCAACCAGCUGGAUGAAGAGCAUAGCCCUGAUGCUUGGGUGCGACGAAGUGCACAAGAGCUCUUGGAUUCCCAUCAGAAGGACCAUGGUGCGAGCCCCUGGUUUCUGCAAGUGAACUUCCUGGGUCCUCAUCCACCUUUCAUCCUCAAAAGCUCCACCGCCCUGCCAUCGACCUCACUGCCGGAAGCCAUCGAUGUGUCCGGGUCGGAGCAGCAGCCCGUGUUUGAUCUCGACCUACAUGGGCUGCAAAUGGUCCCAAAUAUUUUCCAUGGCUAUGUGAACAUCACUGACAGCCGCAAGCAGUAUGCCGCGCUCCUGCAGCAAAUCGAUGAAGAGCUCGAGGAGCUGCUAAAGACAGUGGAUCAGAUGCCGGGGGAGACUGUGGUGGCCGUCAUCGGAGAUCAUGGCGAACACCUAGGCGACCAUGGGCAGUUUGGCAAAACCAGUCCCUUUGAGCCUGCGGUGCAUGUCCCAUUGAUCAUUGCAGGCGCGCCUUUUCGUCACAACGUGAAGGAGUACCACCCAGUGUCAACCAUUGAUGUGCCCAUGACAUUCUUGGAAUUGGCCGGCAUUCUUCCAUCUCCCACAAUGCAGGGAUAUUCCCUCAUGCCGGCCUUGACGGGGGUGGGUACACUGACACGACCCGCUGUGAUGUCCGGCAUGAACUAUUGGCAGGAUGUGAUUCCGGAUGUGAACUACUCACACGGACGAGUCCAGUUCGACUCGGCCGCGGCGUUGUUCGGCACGGACUUCUUGAAGCUGAUUUGUUGCCCCGUGGGUUGCCGCAAGGGCGGCAGCCUGCUGCCCACGAUGGUAGCUCCACAGGUCGCGCUGAUGAACGUGACGCAGGGCGAGGACGUUCAUCGCUUUGAAAAGGACAUCCUGAACCAGCCAGCCGGACAUGGAGUGCAGGAAGCGUUGUACCUCGCUGCGUUCCUGAGCAAAGACUUCCAAGAGGUGUGCAUGCCUUUGCUUGAGGCCUUGGCAGUGUGACCAAAAA